AUGUGGUGUGUAUGGGAGCCACUGGUCCAAUGUUGGGAUAAGCCUGGAAAGGUCACUUCGGCCGAACUACUGGUGCCCAGGCGCCCAGUGCCCGAUUAUCCACUGGCAGGCAGUCGGCUUACCAUGGCCAUCGAAUUCCAGGUCAUCACUCGGGGACAUGGAGUACCGAACCCCACUUCUCCCCUCAAGGCAAUGCCAGGGUGGCUGGGAUAUAUACGAGCCUGGGGCCUUGAUAUGACAGGCUGUGCUAUGACCGGAAAUACCCACAGUGUCAACAUGGGUGUCCGGGUUAUUAAACCCGGGCGAGUGGGCGUGGGUGAUUUCUGCAGUGCGGGCGAGGAUUACAAGGGUUGA